AUGGUCAAGGCUAUUGCUGUUUUAAAAGGCACCGUUGGUGUUGGUGGUGUUGUUACCUUUGAACAAAACUCCGAAAACGAACCUACCAAGAUCUCCUACAAAAUUACUGGAAACUCUCCCAAUGCCUUGAAGGGCUUCCACAUCCACGAGUUCGGUGACAACACCAACGGCUGUACCAGUGCUGGUCCUCAUUUCAACCCUUUCAACAACACCCAUGGUGCUCCAACCGAAACUGUGAGACACGUUGGUGACUUGGGCAACAUCAAAACCGAUGCUCAGGGUGUUGCCACUGGUGAAAUUUUCGACUCCUUGGUAAAGCUCAUUGGCCCCACCUCCAUCAUCGGCAGAACUGUUGUUGUCCACGAUGGCGAGGACGACUUGGGCAAGGGAGGCCACCCUGAUUCCUUAAAAACCGGAAACGCUGGCGGCAGACCUGCCUGUGGUGUCAUUGGCUUUGCCGCCUAA